AUGGCCAAUCGCAUGAGAGGAGGAGCCUGCUGUCCUUCAAGAUGUGCACCCGCCUGUCCUCCAUGUCCGCCCUGCGAUGGACCCCUGGUGCGUCUGGAUAAACUAUGGCCGGAGCCCUAUGAUCCCUGCUCCUUCAAGAAUUGCCUGAUCUUUGGCGGUCACGAUGAGCCCUAUGUGCAGCCCUUUGAUCCCAAGGCUUGUGCGCGAAUGCGACGAAAUGAUAUUGAUAGAUCGUUGGGCUAUCCCAUAGGCGUAGUUUGCGGUACUAUAGCCGUAAAGGGAGGCAUUCCGAAUCAGGAGAGCGUUCGUUUCGCUGGACAUCUUAAGGGAUUCGCUCAUUCGUAUUACACGCGUCGCGAUGAAUGGAAACCCGAGACAAUCGAUAUGUUGGUGAACGAGGGUCAGGUGUUGUUUAACGACUCGGAGAACAUGUAUCCUCCGAAUCCCGUGGAAGCCCCCGAUAUCUACGAUGAAAAUGAGCAGCGAGUGACGCGUCACUUUAAAAUCAACGAUAUUGAGUUUGCAAUGGAGCUGGAGAUGCCCUUUGAAAUCUACGGCUAUGCAAAUAUCAUACAAAAUCUGAGAAGAAUCUUGAGGGCCUUCUUUAAAAAGGCCAAGUACGGGGUUUUCUUCACACCCAAUUGGUAUCUCUUGAUUUGGAAGGAGAAGGGUGUGUGGAUGGUAUUGGAUUUGAAUGGCAGGGAUAAAAACACCAUGCGGCCGAAUUAUGAGGAGGGUUUUCCACUGCUUUUGGGCUUGAAGUCCUUUGACAACCUCAUUUGGUUGAUCAAAAAAGAGAGCGAUCUGGAAAAGACUGCCAAGUUUACAAUUCGAGAGAUCUUAGUGGUUCGCAUGGCCACUCCUGGAAAUCAAGGACAAAGUUGGGAGCGCGAGCACGGAAUGCGAAUGUCACAAUUCGAUGUGAUAGCUUCUGACUACGCCUAUGUCAAGUCCAAUCUUCAUCUCACUUUGAACUCAAAAGAUGCUCUAAGAAAUCGUAGUGCUCUACCAGUAGCUGUGGCCACCGCUUUGGCCUCCAAGAUCGAUCAUCCCGCGACUUGGGAUCAGAAGAUGUACGACAAGGUCAUGUGCUAUGGCGUUAAUAUGUGCAAAAACUGCUGGGAACCGUGUGUGGAUCUCAAUCAGCCCAUGGAUCUGGAUGAUUUCCCGAGACAAAUUCGCAUGGGUCAGUUUGUGGCCGAGAUAAUGUUAACGCCAAAUGUCUACGAGGGUUGGUGGAAAUGUGUGCCGAUGUACAAGUUCAACGACUUCCAUCUGAUGCUGGAGAAGGCCCUCGAUCAGAAUGAUUAUGUGAUCUUUCAGAUCAACAAUCAAAUGUACUCGUUGUGGCGGAAAUCCGAUUUUAUCUACCUAAUGGAUCCGUAUCGCCACAAUAUAGUGGGUCGAAUUUUGGAGGAGGGCGAGGAUCCGAAAAGCGCCACGGUUCGAAUGUUCGGCAAUAUGGAUCGUCUGUUAAGUGUCUUUCAUCAGAUUCUGCUGGAAUCGAACCGAUCGGCUAUAUUCCAUAUUCAUACGCUUAGGAUAAGGAAUAUUACGGAGUGUCCACCGGGAACUGCUCCUGCUUUACUGCCACCCGAUGAAGAUGUGGAGGUUAGAUCUCUCAAUGAGAAUAUCAGAUUCGAUGAGAACUACGACAAGUGCUUGCAAGAGCUGGGCGAGAUUAGUGACUUUGAAGAAGAUCUCGUUUCGGAGAUCGAACCCAUUGUGGAGGUCAGUUCCUCGGAGGAGAUGGUCGAGGAGGAGGAAGGCGGUGGCGGCGGCGAAGUCGAAGGAGGCGAGGGAGAAGACGAUGAUGAUUAGGUCCAAUAAUAUUUUCUCGAUUGAGUCAAGAU